GGUUGUGGAAAAAAACGGUUGGAUAGCCGUUGGGGCAACUUCCAAAGGUCUUAUCAACAGGCAUGAUUUUAUAGCAGCAGUAUACAUCUCCUGCACGUAGGCUAAUUUACCACUCUUCACUUUUUUCUUUUUUAAAUUUGCAUCUGAAACCAUUAGUUCAUAUAAAAAAUAUGGCUCACUUAAUCCGACACAAGAUCACCAAUAAACUGACCAAUGCAGCCCACACGGUGUCCAACAAGUCCCAGGCCAAGGUCAGCGGUGUGUUUGCCAGGCUGGGAUUCCAGGCCGCCACAGACGAGGAGGGUCUGGGCUUCGCAGGCUGCGACGACCUGGAUUAUGACUACAGGCAGGGGAUGCAGAUGGAUGUGCUGCCCGGGGACGAGGAACGGGGAGAGAUGGACGGAGACGGAAUGAUGGAGGGAGACAGCCACUACCAACGAGAUGGCACCAGACCCCGCUCCUCCUCAGUCAAAAGCACAGGCCUUCCUAAUGAGCUGCAGUCAGAGGACAAACCCAAAAUCACUUCGUGGGAAGCAGGGUGGAAUGUCACAAAUGCUAUUCAAGGCAUGUUCGUCCUUGGCUUACCAUAUGCCAUUCUGCAUGGCGGAUACCUCGGACUCUUCCUCAUCAUCUUCGCCGCCGUGGUGUGCUGCUACACCGGGAAGAUUCUGAUCGCCUGUCUUUACGAGGAGAACGAGGACGGACAGCUGGUGCGCGUGAGGGACACGUACGUGGACAUCGCCAAUGCAUGCUGUGCGCCAAGGUUCCCAUCCCUGGGCGGACACAUCGUGAACGUGGCUCAGAUAAUUGAGCUGGUGAUGACGUGCAUCCUGUAUGUGGUGGUCAGUGGCAACCUGAUGUUAAACAGUUUCCCAAGCCUACCGGUGUCUCAGAAGGCUUGGUCCGUCAUCGCUACCGUGGCCCUUCUUCCCUGCGCCUUCCUCAAGAACCUCAAGUCCGUCUCCAAGUUCAGCUUGCUUUGCACCGUCGCACACAUUGUCAUUAACGUCUUGGUGAUCGCCUACUGCCUCUCCAGAGCACGUGACUGGGCCUGGGAGAAAGUCAAGUUCUAUAUCGACGUAAAGAAGUUUCCCAUUUCCAUCGGCAUCAUCGUGUUCAGCUACACAUCACAGAUUUUUCUUCCAUCGUUGGAGGGCAACAUGCAGAGGCCAAGCGAGUUCCACUGCAUGAUGGACUGGACCCACAUAUCCGCCUGCGUCCUCAAGGGGUUGUUUGCACUGGUGGCUUACUUGACUUGGGCUGACGCCACCAAGGAAGUAAUCACCGACAACCUGCCAUCCACCAUUCGAGCGGUUGUCAACCUGUUCUUGGUUUCCAAGGCGCUGCUCUCCUACCCGCUGCCAUUCUUUGCUGCCGUGGAAGUUAUGGAAAAGUCCCUGUUCCAGGGCGGAGGCCGCUCCAUGCUCCCUGACUGUUACGGGCCUAGCGGCCAAUUGAAGUCCUGGGGGCUAGGCCUCCGGAUCGGCUUGGUGGUUUUCACGUUGCUCAUGGCUAUCUUUGUGCCGCAUUUCGCUCUCCUAAUGGGCCUCACGGGGAGCCUCACAGGGGCAGGCCUAUGCUUCUUGCUCCCCAGUCUGUUUCAUCUAAAGCUCCUUUGGAGAAAACUCUUAUGGCACCAUGUGUUCUUUGACGUCGCUAUCUUCGUUAUAGGUGGCAUAUGCAGCAUAUCUGGGUUUAUUCACUCUGUUGAGGGGCUGAUAGAGGCUUAUAAAUACAACCUUCAUGACUGAAAAAACAGUCAUUAAAACAUACUUAGCGUUAUAAAUGUAAUUCUUAAUGGCGCGUACGGCGCAUACGACAGCUCGAGAGGAAACGUGUGUAAUUGUGUUUAUUUAUUUUUUUGCCGUCGUGAUUAUGUGCAAUAAUAAACUAACAUAUAGGGCCUAUGUAAUAGCUAGCUACUCAUAUGGUGACGUUUUCUUUCACUAGGGAUGAAACAAAGCCGUUCCUCGAGAAAGCAUUUUCUAGUGUUACCAGAAUCAAGACAGAUUAUCACAGCUUCUGUAAAGUUGAUGACCAUCACCGAUCCAACUCAGAGUGUAUAGUGUUUAUAUGCGGAAUGACAUCUAUGAAUUGUGAAGAAUGCAACGAACUUUAAUCAUUGAUUUCGAGCUGCUAUAAAUAGUUUUACUGAGAAAAUUUCCUUACAGGCACUCGUCAAAUGGUGCUAUGGAAAACAAAAGAAAAGUCAAUGUAGUUGUUUACUAAUAAUAUGAACAUUUCGAUUCGUUUUGAAUUGUGAGCCCAGUCUUCGUCAACGCAUUAGGUUUUUGGUGUUUCAAGUGUCGUUUUGGAUGAAGUGAAUUAAGUGCAACUGGCUCCUAAAUGUGUUAUGAACCGUCAGUCCCAUAUUGUCUUCCUGUUGAACUUGUUCGUUGUGCUUUCAUGGAAUUAGGCUAAUCAUGAUGUGUGAGAAACGAAAAUUUGUUGAAUUAUCAGAUGAAUAAAUCGAAUAUUUUAG